AUGUCGGCGCCAAAUCGACGUGGUGAUGGGCAGACACCGCUAAACUCAGCUGGACCCAGCUCCAGUCCAGCCAAAACACCCUACAAUGCGCUAUUCAGAUUAUCGAGACUAGUGGCAGCGCCUUCGACUCCGGCACAGCAGAAUGCUACCUCGUUCAACUCAAACAGACCGUCAGCGUCUCGGGCUGGCCGCCGGAAAUCAGGGAUGACGCCGUCACGGACAAGAGGCGGAGGUGAACAUAUACCAGUGACUCCGCAUACGAUAAGGGCAUUCCAGAGACGUGCAGCAACAUAUACUCCGGGGCGGGAUAGACGGAAGAGUCAGCGCUUCAAGCGGGAGACGCCAAUGGAUAUUUUGAAAAACCUGGGGAAAGCUCUUGCGCCAAUAUCAAAACCGGUAUCGUCUUCUCCGCAGACCGAACUAGAGGACGAGCCGGAGCCCCCAGUGGACGAAAUUGAAGAAUUAGACAGGGAGCCUCCCAUUCCACCACCGAGACUUUCACUCCCGCUUAAUGAGAUGACUGUGGUCCAGGAGGACGAUAACAGUCCCGAGAUACCCCCUCCAAAACUGUCUCUCCUCCCAGAGGAUGAGGACAUUACGAGAGGGUCGAUUGAAUUGCCCCGGAGAGAGCGGUCAGGUCGAGAUCUGGCCAGGCUGUCGAGAGUAAGCUUCGCCAGUAAUCGUUUCAGUGAUCAUUUUGGGGACACCACGAACCUUGAAGAUCCGGCAGAGGCAUUGGACUUUCGUGUUGGACCAGAAGAGGACUUUGAUGAGGAUGUUGACAAUACGACCGGACAACCGAUGUUGGAUGCAGGGGGAGAAACCGAGGAUUUGGGCCGAUUUAACCUCGAUUUUGCCUUCCCAACGCCUGAAGCGCCUCAUACUAUGCCAAUAGAGAAUGAUAAUGAGCAGGACACCUUCGAGUUAGAUGCAGUGCCACCCGAAUUCGGUGGACCAGACAGUCCUUCAUCAGGAAGCGAUUUCGGGACAGCAGGAUUCGAACCAGCCAUGACCGAUAGGUCGUCUAAUCGGGGAGUCGUAGAGGAAGAAGAGGAGGAGGAGCAGGAGCAGCAACAGGAAGACCAGCCUGAGCCACCGCAGAAGAAACAAAAGCUGUCUAAACAUGGGAUACCGGUCCCAAGUCUGCCUUCUGGAGUCGUAAAGAAGCUGGCCAUGCGGUUUGCAAGGUCCGGGAAUAAAAAGACGAGAAUCAACAAGGAUACGAUGGCGGCCAUCCAGCAGGCAACGGAUUGGUUCUUCGAACAAGCGAGCGGGGAUUUGUCGACAUAUUCCAAACACUCUGGCCGAAAAACAAUUGAUGAAACAGAUGUCAUCGCACUGAUGAGAAGGUAG